GUGAGCGGGGCUUCCGGGGGCCCCGGCUGCGGUGGCUCCCCAACGCUUUGUGGCACAAGGGGCCUGGCCCAGAGAGUAAAAGAGCUGCCCCGACGUUGCGCGGCGGGCACCGGCCCUUGGGCCCGGCGCCCCUGCUCCGGCCAGGUGGAUUGAGUGGUCUGUGCGGCUGCAGCGGGCACUCGUGUCCACAGGCCUGUGAAGUGAGGGGCCAGAACCUCUGGUCUACCCCGUUUUUCACUAUUUAAUAACUUGGCGUGCUGUGCACUUAGAGAAGUGGGUAAAUACCGUUGCUGCCUUCAAGCACCUGCCAGCUCGACUGAGGCAGACAAGUCGAUUAUCUAGAAUGUUUCCUGGGCACCGGCAUGUGCUGGCUCCUGCCCAGUAACCAGGGAUUCGGGGGUGAAAAAGCUAUGACCCUUGCCCGCAAGUAGCCACAUCUCAGGGCAGCUGCUGCCCCGGUGGCAGUCCUGGUAGGAGACCGGAGCACAGAGAAACCCCAUGUAGGCCCUCCGCUGGGUGGGUCUUCAUUUCAUGUUGGUUCUUGGUUUCCUUCGGGUUCCCACUGAAGCCAGACUCCAGCCUCCUUGCCUGGUGCGGCGAUCCUCCGCCCUCGGUCCUCUGCCCUCCGUCCACCUGCCCUCUCCAGCAGGGGUCCCCUCUUACUUCUACAUGCUCCCCUCAGCCCAGAUGAGCUGCCUUUACCUGCGAUUCAGGCUCCCACCUGAUGCUCAGAACAGCCUCCCAGAAGCUGCCUCCAGUAGAGCCUUUGGGGCCACAUAGGCCUGAAUCCCAAUCAAGUCCCGACACUGAGGCAGGAAGCGCUGGGUAUGGCUGAGGAGUCUGAAGAAAGCUGGACAUGAGGACGGGAGUGAGGAGAGGGCCGAGGGAUGGGCCCGGUCAGGCGCGUGUAGGGCUUGGGUUGGUGGAGUCUCUCUCUGGUGCAGACGUUCCGUUCCAGAGCCUUCGGUACAAGCUCGGACAGAUGAGAAGCUGUGUGUAAAGAAGGAGCAUUCUGCAGAAGUGGAGAAUCCGGCCCGGCCUUCCCCAGUGGCCCUUCCCGGCUUCCCGUGGCCCCUCCUCCUGGGAACAAAGGACGAUGGAAAAGCCCGUGGGUGGAAGGAAGGCCCAGACCCCAGAGGAGGAAGUGCAUUCACUGAAGGACACACCCAAAGGAGAGAAAGCAUCGUCUGGGGAGGAAAGGCCAAGCAAGAGGUCCACGUUGGCAAAAAAGCACGGCGAGGAACCCAGCCCGAGUCCUGAGGAUGAGGAACAUUUGUUUGAUGCCUUCGAUGCUUCGUUUAAAGAUGACUUCGAGGGGGUUCCCAUGUUCAUUCCUUUUCAGAGAAAGAAGCCCUAUGGGUGCAGCGAGUGUGGACGCAUCUUUAAGCAUAAGACAGACCACCUCCGCCACCAGCGGGUUCACACUGGAGAGAAGCCCUUCAAAUGUGAUCGGUGUGGGAAGCUGUUCAGGCACAGCUCUGACGUCACCAAGCACCAGAGAAUCCACACCGGAGAGAAGCCCUUUAAAUGCAGUGAAUGUGGGAAGGCCUUUAACUGCAGUUCGAAUCUCCUAAAACAUCAGAAAACGCACACUGGGGAGAAGCCGUACGAAUGCAAGGAAUGUGGGAAAGCCUUCGCCUACAGCUCAUGUCUCAUUCGCCAUCGGAAACGCCACCCGCGGAAGAAGCACUGAGCGUGGGGAAGCCGUCUGCCGAGAGUCGGCGUUCGCGCCCGUGAGAACCAUCCAGGGCGGGCCUGUCCCGCCGUCCCCCAUCCGACGUCUGAUGGAGGCCGGGGGCCCGCGGGCCGUGCGCUCAGUGCACCUGCGCUUGUGGGUCUCCACCACCAUCGGGACGGUCAGCCCAGCCCGGUACACACGUGCUGGAGUGGGGUACAGGCCAUCUCCAGGUCGAGACACCGUGAUAACAUGGGAGACGCGUGCGGCUGCGUCACCAGAGACGGUGAGUGUGAUUGUGUCACGGCCGUCUGGGCGGGAGGGACAGCUGGAGCUUGCGAGCGGCCCAGCACCUCCCCCUGCGGCCUCCCUGUGGCACCCGCUCUGGUCUCUGCCUUUUCACCUGCUCCUUCGAAGACUUCAGGCUGCAGACUGCUGACCUGCUGGGUCCCGAGCCCAUCCCCGCACAGCCUGGCAGGAGGCCUGCGGUCAGGUCCCCACGGCGCUGCACCAGACACCUGCUGUCCCCACUCGGCUGGCCGUGGUGACGGUCCUGUGGUUUGUGUCUGGCUUCCCUCCUUGGGCUGGAGCACCAGUCCUGGGACUCAGCUUCCCCUUCCCCCACUGCAUCCCCAGGAACUGGACCCCCUGGCCCAGCCCCCAACCCCAGGUGAGCAGCCCGACUCACCCAGAUGGACCACUCAGGACCUAGAUGCUGCCACCGUGGGAAAUUCCUGCCCUGGACGCGUGGUGGGGGCCCCAAGGAUGUGAGGGCAGCUUCGAGCCAGCCUGCAUCUGCCGUGGGCGUCUUCAGACAUGAGGCAGUGUGUGUGCCCUGCCCUCCCGGGAUCAGCUCUCCAGGGCCAGCAGGACAGAUCCCCAGAAAGGGAAUCGACAGGUGGAGACCAUUCUGGCAAAUCCCCUCCUCCUGGCCGUGCCGGAUAGGCGCCCCCACAGCCCAAGGACGGCAGGCUUGCCCCGGCCUCUCCAGCAGCAGGCAGUUGUGAGAGCAGAUCACCCCCAGUCAAGAAGGUCCUGAUGCAAUACGCCUAAACACGAACCUCAGGCCUGACAGAAUUCCGGUCAUUCCCGAGCUCCGAGGACGGACGGAGAUCUGUACGGAAGAGGAGAGGAAACCCCCGGGGGCGCCAUGGAGGCCUUCAAAUGGAGCAGACACGGGAAUGGCUGCGGAUGUCCUGGGGACACAACACCGAUCGUCCUUACCACUGGCAUCCCGUGAGUUGGGCCCGCAUCUGUCCCUCCCAGCCUCGUCUGGCCUCAAUCUGAGGGAAGGUGGGAGCCAGCACCGUGGGAGAGUGAGCCGUGAGGGCCAUGUGGGGGGGGGGGGGUUCUGCUCCCUCUCCCCACAGAUCGGGGGGCCAACCCGUGGCUCCAGACUCUAGUCUCUGCCAGGUCCCCUGCCUUCCUGGGGAGCCUGUAGGCACCGGGAUGUCACCCGGGCUUGAUUUCUAGUGACCUCUUGUGUCCAUCCCUAGUCUGGACACCAAAGUGUCAUUCCUUCCCCUGCAGGUGAGUUAGGCCCCCAGACAUGCCACAGAGCAAGGCAGGACUGGAGGUGGUCCUGUGCUCGUGGCAGAAGCCUGUGGCACAGGGACACUUGGGACAUGUGCUCUGGACCGGGGCAGGCGAGGGUAGGGUUCUCAGCAGGGUGGAGGGGUCGUCCAGGGAAGGGAAGGGAAACAGUAUUGGGACCAGAAAGGGCCAGUUCAGGGCGGGAGUGGCCAGGACAGUGGUGGCCAGGCUCCAGGUCUGUGGCCUGAGGACAUGGCUUUGCUCUGGGGCGGCCCAGACCUUCGGGGACCUCUGUGCAGGGAGCUUAGAGUUCGUGGUCUCCUGGUGUCGUCCUUACAGACUCCAGCCACCUGUUCCACAGACCACGAGCUGGUGGUCCCCCCCACCCCCACCCCCGGACCCCGGGACCAGAGUCCUGCCAGGGUGCAGAGCUCGGGGGCAGCCUGGCGCUGCUGCCCGGGGACUCUGCGGGUGUCCGAGGCCUGCAGGGGGAGUACCUGGGGGGCUUCAGCCCCAGUGCACACGUGAUCCGGCGCUGGGGGCCCCACACGCCCCCUGUCCCAGCCCGUGUGCCCCAGGUCACUGCAGCCUUCCCCGCGUGGCAUUCCAGUGUGAACACGUGUUUGUUUCCUGGUGAGCUUGAGCACUGGGUGUACCGGGGUUCUCCUUACACCGCUGCUGAGGUGCGUGGCCCUGUCCACACGUGGCCAGGCGAGGUGGCCGCUGGACUGUUCGCACACAGGCUCGCACAGCUGGUGCCGGUGGGCCCGUGAAAUGUAAAUUUCCAACUAGUCACGUCUGUUGAACUUUCCUUCAGUCCUCGGUGAGUGUGUUCGACGUCUGGAGACCUGUUCUGUCUUGUUUUUAUCCUGCUUCCUAUGGUCUACACUUCACGCGCUUUCUUAAUCCAGAAGGGUGUUGCCUGGGUUCUGCACUCCUUGCCGGCUGCUUCCCAUUCAUCCCAGAACGCUUCUGUGUCCUAUUUCCUGUGGAUACUGUUUCCCUGUAAUAAACCUCAGUUCUGACCCA